UGGGAGUGUGGAAGUGGGAAUUUCAAAAAGCAUGAACGGACGCGAAGCAAGACUCCAAAACUCUUGGAGUUGGAGCGUUCUUUUUAACCAAAUUGCGGCUAGCUUUUUAAAAAUAUCCUCUGCAGUGAGCUCGCCUGCGCCACAAGAAAUUUGCUCUGCCUCUUCUCGCUCGCUCUCUCUCUGGGGCUACUUCACCAACACUGCAAGACAUCACCGGAAGCUCUAUCCGUGAGAGAAGAUUGAUUUUUUUUUUAAUCUUCUGUCCCUCUCUGGACGUGGAGGGUAACGCCUCUGAAACUCCUCAGAUUUGAUCUCCAAGAAACUUAGACAAAACAAGAUGAAGUGCAGAAAAAGAAGAGGACGGAGAAGAACGGAGAAAAAUAAUGGAGACGUGCGUAAAAAGAUGUGAGAGGAGAGAGUGUUUUGUUUAUGAUUAUAAUAAUCAUAUGGAUCGCUAGAGUGUAUUGGGUUCUACUAGCAUAUGAUGGUUUAAGGAACCAUUUAAGGAAUCUGCCGUGAGAUUUUUUUUGUAAUUUUUUGAAUAUAUUUCCUACACAUAGGAUCAGACUCCCUUAUAGGGAGUUUACUGUGAAUGCUCUUGGUUGGGUUUACCUCUCCCCCAUUCCAACGUUUUUCCCUCAACUUUCUCAACCCCAAACAAUGCUUUUGUUAUUUUAUCAUGGAGCCAUACGAAGAUGAGUUGAGAGCAGGAGAGACUCAGUAAGCAUGCUUAAUUUCAGAUGUAUUAAUUCUGAGAAGUGCAUAGACAACAAUGUGUGACUUUAUGCGUUGUGUUUAAACGGGGUUAUUUGCAAUAUUGGUUUAUGUAUAAGGUGGAAUAAGGCAUCCAAUAAAAAUUCUAGAGCUAGCGACCCACGAUUGUUUCUUGUAUCAUUCAUGCAUGCUUACUUGAUAAUUGUGAAGUGCCAGAUGUUCCGAGUAAGUGCUGAUUAUCCUUAUAGUGGCCUACAUGAAUAUCGCUCCUGUGUCAGCACGAAUGUGCAUAUAUGCUUGAGUACAUUGUGUUUGGACCAGCUGUUUUGCACAGAAAGGUUAGUUUCUUUACCUUUUUUAUUCAAAGAAAUGAAAGAGUACUGUGAAUGUUAAUUAAUGAACCUACUUCUUUUCGACUUAUCAUGCAUUUUGCUUCUUUAUGUUGGAACUCUCUCUCUCUCUCUCUCUCAUGCAUGUGAACGUCGUCGCGUGUGCUUAUUUGAUGCAAUAGUUGAUGAGUACAUGCUCAUGGAGCAAUCUUGUUGUUUAGGUUGACAUGGACAGCAAAGCUAACUCAAAAAUAAGCUUGGUUGUUUAGGUUGACAUGAUGGGUAUGCAAUCCCAAUUUGAUAAUCUGGAUUUGCCUCCUGGAAUAGAUGUGUCACUUCCUUGGUUGAACGACUCGGAUCGAUUCAUGUGCAAACAUACCAGCUUCGAGUACAACAACUUUAGUUAUUUCAGAUCUUCCAGAAAGCAAAAUGCAGGCAGCUGCUACAAGCAGUUCAACCAUCCCUACAGAGUCAAGUUCAAGAAAAAAGAAGAAGAAAAUGCAGUUACAGAAAUGCUUCUGUAGCUGUCCAUCUUAAGAGUUAAAAGAGCAUGUCAAUUCAACAAAAAUAGACGGAAAUAAACGAUAGAAUGCAAAGAAGCAUUUUUCUUGAGCAAUUUGAUACUGUGGAUGAUUUUUCAGGUCAUCAUUAUAGCCGCAUGGAGUUUUCAGAUGGGAGGUGACUUUAGUUACUUGCAGAUAUGGUUUAUGUUUGUACUUUAAAGAAAGCAAUUUGAUAUUGUGGAUGCUUUUUCAGGUCCUCAUUAUAGCCACAUGGGCUUUUCAGAUGGGAAGGUGACUUUAGUUAAUUUAGUUCUUUGGGUCCUCUUUCUUUUCAAUGUCCCUCUCUCUCACGCACAUAUAUUCAAUAAGCUACCGAUCAUUCGUUUAUGUCUUGCAAAAGUAAUUUAUGUACAGUGUGCUCUCCCCAACCCAAUUCAAUUAGUUUUUUCAUAAGAAAUUGAAGAUAUGAUUGUUUUUUUGGCUGGAAUGUCCAUCACCCCGUGUUAACUUGUCAAAAUUUUGGGGCCUUAAUUAAAUUUUUUGAUUGGUACUUUCUUGCUUUUCAUGAUCUAGGGGGGGAAAAAAGAGAUGAAAAAGCUGGACUCUUGCUAUUGUAUUUUUUUAUUUUUUUUAAAAAACCAUUAUUUUGAAGCUAAGAGUCUUGAAUUUUCUUAUUAAAUUAUACAACAUGAACUUCAGCCACAUUAAUAAAGUGAAGUUACCUGGCAGUUAAUUCUAAAUUUAUCAGAGAUAUAUAUUAGUGAUACUAGCUUCAAGAAUCAAGAUAUUUGAUAUUGGACAAAAUUUUCUCAUACUCUAUAAAACUGUCAUGUGUAUCUUGAGCAUGCGAGAAACACAUGGUUUUUUAAUAGAACUACUAAAAAACCUAUGUGUUUUUCUCAUGCUAAUUAAAAAAUCAUGUGCUUCUCAUAUGUUAAGAGAUACACGACAAAUUUAUAAACUGAGUAUGAGAAAUUAUUUAAUUUGGAAGAAAUGUAUGUUCAUUGAUGUUUAUGUUUCGUUUCAAAUUAUGCUAACUGUCAAUUACAUUGUUUUGCAAUAAUUUAGUCUAGACAAAACAAACAAUGGGAAUUCUGCAGCUUCCUGAACAGUCUUUGAACCCAAAACCCAUCUCUAAAAGAGAAUUCGAUGACAACGGAGAUGCAAGUGUUGUUGCAUAUAAUGAAUGGCUGACAAUGCAUCAAUCUGCGCUAUACACUUUUGAACAAAUGAUGAAAAUUGCUAAGAAAAAACAAAUAGUUGUAUUUUUGGAUUAUGAUGGAACUCUCUCACCAAUUGUCAAUGAUCCUGAAAAAGCUUUCAUAACCGACAAGAUGCGAUCAACAAUACAUGAAGUUGCUAAAUGUUUCCCUACUGCAAUUGUUACUGGAAGGGCUAGGGAUAAGGCAGUUGAAUUUGUAAAACUAAAGGAUCUCUGCUAUGCUGGAAGUCAUGGGAUGCAUAUAUCAAUCCCAUCAGGAUUCUUAAAAAGCGCAAAGCCUGAGGAUCAAACUCAUAUUGCCGAUGAACAGGGUUUUAUCAACUUCUACGCUGCAAAGAAAUUCUCAUAUAAGCUAAAGAAGAUAAAGGAGAAACUACUAGAAAAGACCAAAGGCAUAAGAGGUGCCAUAGUUGAGGACAAUAAGUUCUGCAUCUCUGUACACUUCCGAUGUGUAGAUGACGAGUUAGUUGACAAUGUUAAGAAGAUUGUAGACUCUGUCAUCGAAUCUUAUCCAGAAUUUCGCGCGGGAGAGGGUAAAAUGGUUAUGGAAGUACGCCCAAAUAUUGAGUGGAACAAAGGUCAUGCUUUGGGCUAUUUACUAAACACUUUCGGGUUUGAUGCCCACAAUGAUGAUGUCCUCCCAUUAUAUAUAGGAGAUGACUUAACGGACGAGGAUGCCUUCAAGUUUAUAAAGAAACUUGGAAGGGGCUUUUCUAUCGUUGUCUCGUCCAUGCCAAAAAAGACGGAUGCUUCAUUCUCCUUACGUGAUACAAUAGAGGUCAUGGAUUUCUUGACAAAGCUUACCGGGUGGAGAAAAAGCUCUUCUUCGGAUUAAUCUAAUCCAAAUGCCAUUAUAUCUUAACUCACCCGAGCAAACAUCUUUUACACCAAAUUACUUGUUUGGCAGAGAAAAUCCCUUCCUUCUUUGAACUUGAGUCAGCUUCCAACAUGUUCAUGAUAUGUGGAGAGCGCAUAAAUGUCAUUUAAUAAUUGGUCGGGACAAUUUAGCUUUACGGCCUACUUGGUAAACAAACCUAUUAAGUUGAUGUGGGAACUAAAGAGGUGCUCUAAGUUUGAAGUUUGAUUUGUUAGGAAACUAAAGAGCAUCAUUGCAGAUUAAGCUUCUUUAUUCU